GCAGAAUCACCACCAACCUUGAGCAGGAAGUCAGAGAUUAUGUUUACACCUUCAUGUACCCUGAGGAGUACACCCUGAUGGAAAGCAUAGAGUUCUAAAGCGAUGACGUCAUGUUACUAUGGUGCCAAAAAACUCAGUUCUAAACAAAGGCCCAAAACGUGACCGACAGCAUACCAAAUGUCGGCCUUCUCGAUCGCGUUGUUCAUUUCUUCCUUCGGGGAAGAGCAGAAGUCAAUUAAGAAGGGUGAAAACCAUUACAAAUCAGGCCAUGUGGAGUCAUUUACUUAUAGUCAGUGUAUUUUACGAGGAGACGUGCACGCAAGCAUGCGAAACAAAGUCUACAAAGUCACAGUUUGCUUAGAUAAUGAGCAUGCCAUAAGAUCAAGUGAGUGUGAGUGUCCAAGGGGGAAGUUUAACGAGUGCAGCCACGCGGCUGCAUUUUUCAUUCACGGCAUCUACAACCUCAGCCGGACAGAUGUUGACUGCAACUGGAAGAAACGCAAAGCAAAUACACCACUCUCUUGGCAAGCCGUUGAAGAAAUGUUUCCUCCAACAAAACAGUAUUCCUGCUUAUCAAGAAACCCUACUCAAUCUGAUCGGUCUGCAAAAUAGUGGCACCCUGACUUUGUUUAUG